CCGGAGGAAUAUUGACAGAUCAAAGUGCUCCCGGGGUGGGGGGCAGGAGGGAGCCAGUCACCGGAGGGGUGGAGGCCUCCUCUGCGGUGGGUUAAGGGAAGAAGAGCCCGGAGGGGUCGGGCCCUCGCGCCCCCCCAGCGCCAGCAGAGAGCUGCCCCCCCGCGCCAUGGGUCAGGACUACGACGAUUUCCAGUCGCUGGAGGCGGACGAUGAGGCCUGUGCCCCGAGCGGGAGAGCGUUCCCCCCCCGGCACUGGGGCUGGCAGCGUCUCUGCGCCGCCCCCCGGCCGCUCCAAGCCCUGCUGGCGCUGUGCGUCGGGCUCAGCAUCGGGACCAUCGCGCUGGCCGUCAGCAACUCCAGGCUGGGCGCGGCGCAGCGGGGGACGCAGGGGGCGCUCGGCAGCGUGAACCAGAGCCUGAGCGCCGAGAUCGAGGGGCUGAGCCGGAGCGUGCACAUCCUGCAGGACAAACUGACCCAUGUGGCCCGGUCCCUGGAUGACGCAAAGGAAAAUUCAAUCCAAGCUCAGCAGCGGCUGGAGGAGCAGGUGGGGCUGCUGCGGGACUCCCUCAACUCGCUGAACUGCGACUUGAUCGAACUGAAAUCCAACGGGAGCCGGCCCGGGUGCUGCCCCAGGGGCUGGGGGCGCUUCGGGAACAGCUGCUACUGGUUCUCCAGCCAGCAGAAGACCUGGGAGGACUCGGACCUGUACUGCAAAGGCCAGAACGCCCACCUGCUCGUCAUCAACACGCGGGAGGAGCAGCUGUAUGUGCAGGAGCGGACGGUCCCGCUGUACACCUGGAUCGGGCUGACCGAUAAGAGCGGCCGGUGGCUGUGGGUCGACGGUUCCGUCUACACCAUGGACUCCCGGCAGUGGAGGGCAGGCCAGCCUGACGAAUACGAAGGCCACGGACUCGGGGGCGGGGAGGACUGCGCCCACCUGCACGACGACGGGCUCUGGAACGACGAACACUGCUCCCAGCGCUACCGCUGGGUGUGCGAGGAGGAGCUCAAGGGUUAAGGCCGGCCGGGGGGCGGAGCCAGGCCUGGGAAGCCAAUGUGGGGAGAGGGGGCGGGUUAGUGC